ACGUAGCUGUCGUCACAGCAUACGCUCAUCUUUUAUGGCGAAGUGGCUUGACUGGCAUUAUCGUUCAACCCACCCUGAAGCCGCUCGCUGUCCGUCAAAAGUAUUCCAAUCAAAACACUCAAUUACAGUUGGUUUAGCGUAGCGUGAGUGCGGACUUAUGGAUGGUGGUGCUCCGGGAGCCGUGGCUGACGCCGUGUGAGGCCUACCGCUGGUGUUUGUAGCCGGGCCGCCCGUGAAAAAGGUGCUUCCGAGCGAUGGACGAGCAACAAAGAAUGAUGCACCCAGUAUCACAACAUCCCAUCGUGAGCAUGGCGGGCCAUGUCGUGCCCCAGCAUGGUUACGGAAUGCCUCCGCAAUCGCACGGUGUCGACCCGACGGGCCAACAGGCCGCACCCGACCAGGAGCCGAGGAAGCACGACAUUUCGGAAAUUCUCCAACAGAUCAUGAACAUCACCGACCAGAGCUUGGACGAAGCGCAAGCUAGGAAACACACGCUCAACUGCCACCGAAUGAAGCCCGCUCUCUUCAGCGUCCUCUGCGAAAUCAAAGAGAAAACAGAAAUUCUGCGCAUACGAAGGAGGCCCGGGCCCAGACAGCUUCUCGACACUGCAGCGGGGAGCGCGUUGGCCGAGGCUGAAUUUGCUCUGGUCGUAACGGCCCUCACGACGUCGUCACGGGUGUUUCUGUGCACAUGAGAAACGCGAAGAGCGCCGUCGCUUGUGCUACGUUCGUCCACCUCCUCUUUCGUGUGCCUCGCCAGAACUGGCCACCAAAAUUGUGCUUCCGUUUCUCUAGUCCUCAGCCGUCACCGCACGUGCCCGCUGGCAAAGGGUGGCACAUUAGAGGCGGUUUAUUAAAGACGUUCA